CUAAUCCGGGUUUCCGCGUGUCUGGGUCCUCGCGAGUCCCGGGAUCCGGCGCUCGGGGGGCGGCGACCGGCUGCUCCAGCGGCGCCCGGCGCGCACCGGCCGGACCCGCGCGGGGAGCAGGAGGGGGGCUUCCUGCGGGAAGAUGAGGAAGCCCGAUGGGAAGAUCGUGCUUCUGGGGGACAUGAACGUGGGCAAGACGUCGCUGCUGCAUAGGUACAUGGAGCGGCGCUUCCCGGACACGGUCAGCACGGUGGGCGGUGCUUUCUACCUAAAGCAGUGGCGCUCCUACAACAUCUCCAUCUGGGACACCGCAGGGCGGGAGCAGUUCCAUGGCCUGGGCUCCCUGUACUGCCGGGGCGCGGCCGCCAUCAUCCUCACCUACGACGUGAGCCACCCGCAGAGCCUACUGGAGCUGGAGGACAGGUUCCUGGGCCUCACGGACACGGCCAGCACAGACUGCCUCUUCGCCAUCGUGGGCAACAAGGUGGACCUCGUCGAGGAGGGGGCCACAGAGGGCCGGGAGGAGGAUGGGCCCGGCCCCGGGACUGCCGGCAGCGGCGGAUCACCCAAAGUGCCCAAGCUGGUGCAGCUGGAGGACGCGGUGGCCCUUUACAGAAAGAUCCUCAAGUACAAGAUGCUGGACGAGAAGGCCGUGCCGGCUGCAGAGCAGAUGUGCUUCGAGACCAGUGCGAAGACCGGCUACAACGUGGACCUGCUGUUCGAGACCUUGUUCGACAUGGUGGUGCCCAUGAUCGUGCGGCAGAGAGCCCAGGGGCCGCCGCAGACCGUGGACAUCAGCAGCCACAAGACGCCCAGACGGACCAGGUCUGGGUGUUGUGCCUGACUCAGCGGGGCCCCAAGCCCCAGUGUCUGUGGUGGGCCAGAGUUGCGAAGCAGGCGGCACACGGAGGAGGACGUCCGGGGACAACAACAGCGGGGUGUUCUGUGGUCUGCGGGGACGGCUCCUCCAUCUGCAUCGCUGUGUGGGAAUUGGGGGACACGGGAAUUGCCUGCAGAAAACACUCCUCUGAGCCAGGAUCCUGAGGACCGUUGUGCAGUGCUGGUCCUUUCCUACAUCCCGGCCUUGCUGAAGCCUGUGGCCCGGCUUCUGCGGCCCCUGGCGUGUAUGAGCACCUGGCUGUGGCACCUGGCCAUGGUACUUGGUGUGUGUGAGCACCUGGCUGUGGCACCUGGUGUGUGUGGGCACCUGG